AUUAAAAUUCACCAGAAUGUUCCCUGCCCUUGCCUUGUUGAUUCUGUACCAUACACUUGAAACUGUACAUACAAAUGAGUGCCUCAGAUUACGAGCGGCAGGUUUGAACUCACAUCUGAUCAAUAUCUUUAUUCCAAAGUGUGAAGAGGAUGGCACCUACACAGCAGUACAAUGUCAUGCAAAUGGAUGUUACUGUGCAGAUGAAUUUGGUGCCCCUAUCACAGAUGUUGAUAUCAGUUUGGAAGAGGUCAAGAGAACAAACAUGAACUGUAAAUGCGCCCGUGACCGGCUAAAAUAUCUGAACAUGAUAAAGGAGAGACCAGACGAGAAAAACGACCGAAUAUUCCUGUGUGAACGUAAUGGAAAUUAUGCUAAAGUGCAGUGUACUGGUUCGGUGUGUUAUUGCGUCGAUGAACAAGGGAAUGAAUUGAGAAGUAGCACAGUUCACAUUUCAGAGACUGGUUCAGUGAAGUGUUAAAUAACUUCAUUUUUCUGAGAGACAGAAAAAGACGAUACUGCUACUUACAUCAACGUACCUUGACAACCAGAACUUUAGGAAAGGAUUUCCCCCCAUGACUGGCAUACUUUUGACAAUUAUGCCUUUUUACCAAUAUUCUUUAUAGUUACAGUUUUGAUCUUUGUGUUCUGUACUUUUGAAGCUCUUGAGAUAAAUUUAAGAUAAGGAUCUUCUCAGAUAGGCAACAGAACAUCUCUUUUGUCCAGUGCUCCGUGUUCUCUCUUCAUAGUUUCCCUACACUUUAAUUAUUUGAAGCAACAGAGUACUUGUCAACUAUUCUAACUGGCUUCUGACAUUUAGGUACUUUGACGCCCCUGAUCUUAGCAAUUGCACCUUUGACAAAGAGGCGGCUCCUACAAUUGCAUCUUUGACAAAGAGGCGGCUCCUGGACCGGCUAGAAAUAGCAGCAAAAUUUCUCUCAAGUUACACCCUACGUCUUAUACAAAGUGAAAACAAAAAAUGUCAUAUUGGAUUAUAUAGUUUGAGAAACAACUUCUGAGAAGAUGAGACGGUCAUGGCUGGAAUGCCUGUAAUCAUAUAUUUGUUCACUGAUGGCUCACCUGGAGUUAAUUAUAUUUGAAAGCGAGCCAAAGAAGGACACUUAUCGGUCUCCGGAACUGAAAGAAAUAAAAGCCAAAUUUCCUUCAACUCAGUUACAGGUAUCUUAAAAAAGGACAUGUUGGUUAAUGUAAUCUGCAGUAUACUAUGACUGAAAAAUGGGAUGGCCAUUACUGAUCAUAGAUAUGCUCUAUCAACAAUUAUGUUGAUAGCUAAACAUUGUUAUUAUAUAACAAUUACAGCGUGGGAUAUUCAUUUUAGCCAUUUAAGAACACACUUCAUUUAACUCAGCCGUCUCUCACAGUCGAACAGAAUUUGAUAGUAGCAUGAAUCAUGGCUUUACUCCUGUUUUUUUCGUGGUUGUCUAGUUGCUCCUGACCUUCGCACUCUUGACCCCGGCUGAACCUCAAAGACAUAACGACUAGAAGAGAGAGGGGAGAAGAGAGGAGGAGGGAGAGAAAGAGAGAUUCACACUAGUAACUGGUACUUCGACCGGUAUUUUAUUUUAUCGACUCUGGAAGAACGAAAGGCAAAAAUUGACUUUGGCACGAUACGAACUCAAAACGUAGUGAACCGAAACAAAAUCCGACUCUCUCUGACAAUUCUGCCAAUCUAGCAUCCUAGGCUGGUACUUUGUUGACACUGGAACGACGGGAAGUAAACUUUUAACUUGGCGAGAUUUGAAGUCUGAACGUAAAAAAAAAACAAAUAUUGCAAGCAUACCGAACAAAUACUGCAAAGCAUUUUGUCUGACACUUGCUCAAAUCUGCCAAUUCACUGCCUCUUAAUAUUACAGUCCCUGACACAGUAAUUCUAUUGUUAUUAUAUACACAACAGCAAUAUAUUCGAUGUCUUUGACUUGUUCAACUUUGACAGCAACAACUUUGACAUAUCAUGAUCAAACUUAACAUCAACACGCGUGCCCUUAGCAUCUAAACUAAUAUCAGUUCUCCACCAUGAGAGCUUCUGUGUGGGCGAUUGCUCUACAAAAAUUAGCAGCCAAAUCUUCCAAAGGGCGAUUUGGAUAAUGGGAUUCUAGAUGCUGUGUCUGUAAAACAAAACAGAGGAGAAAGUCAUGGCUGAAAAGUUUUUGAAAAUAGGUGUGACCUGGGUUAAUAGCUGCUAAAUGAGAAGAUUCUAUUCGGUCACACGACCAGCUAAAACUAUCCACCAAAUUUCUCGCUGUUUCUUUAAAAAGAAUGCAUUGAAUAAUAAAGAAAUCGAGGGAAAAUGUAUGAUGGUCACGGACGGAAUGCCUUUGGUCAUAGGUCUGCUUGCUUAGAGAUCACUUAGGACUCAAUAGACAACAGUAAUGCCAGCUUGUACUUUCACCACUGUUAUUCAUAUCAUUAUAUCUUGACCUCUGUUAGUUAUGACAUAUAUUCACUUCGAUCUCUUUCAUCCAUGACAUGUAUUUAUGUUGACCUCUGUUAUCCAUGACUUCUAGAGUCUUUACCUCCUGUUAUCUAACACAUCUAUAUACCUUUGCAUCUGUUAUCUAAAUCAGUUGAUUAAGUAUGUUUUAUUAGUUUCAAACUAAUGACAUCCAUAUCUUUGGCCACUUAUGUAUUUGAUAUUUACGUCUCUGAUAUCUAUGUUUUUAUAACUACGUCUCUAUCACACACACACAGACACACAUACAUACACACCUACAUACGCACAUAAAUAUAUUGCCAAUAUAUAUAUAUUCAAUACACAAUAUAUGGAUUUUACUAAUCCGGUGGUAUUCAUAAACAAAAACUCCUUGAUGCAUCACGCUAUUAAAUCACAUAGAAUGUAGAGUUCGAUACAAUAGAAAAACAUUAGAAGUGAGUGUAUAUAUUAUAAAUAAAGAGAGGAAUCUACGAAACAAUUGUAGUUGGUUACGGAUAUCCAAUGGUAAAAUAAAUUUUAUCCAUCGUAUAUCUCUUCUUUUUAUUUAUGAUACAUACAUACAUACAUACAUAUAUAUAUAUAUAUAUAUAUAUAUAUAUAUAUAUAUAUCACAUUCACGUUAUUGACAUCAACUUCAUUGAACAUUUAUAUUUUGACACCUGCAUUCUUGCCACCAAUGCUCUUCAUGUGUAUUUCAACAUCUACGUCCGUGACAUUGAGAUUAAUGACAUAAUUAAGAUGUCAAAUACAAAUCGUAUCAAACGCAUCGGUGUCACCAAUUUGCAUAUUUUUGACAUGUAUGUAUGUCUUUUGACAUCGAUGUCUUUCAUAAGCAUGUCUUUCAUGUCAAUAUCUCUACCAUCUAUUCCCUUUUUUAGUUUAUCUCAAUAGAUUUCCGAUAGACUUCAAAACCUGCAAUACAAGCUACGGCGUUACGAAGCUACAAGCUUCGUAAACAAGGUGAUUAAAGAUAGAAAAAUAUAGGUAAUGGUUGUAUAUGCAUAAUCCAAGAAGUUCCCAUCUAUGUCUUUGACAUGUUUUUUGUGGCAAUGUUUUCAGCAUAUACGUCUUUGAUAACCAAUGUCUGAUGAGUGUGCCAAAGACAUGUAUAUCUUUGACAUGUAUAUCUUAGGCAUUAUUACUAUGAUAUAUGUAUGUCACAUCUUUGACAUAUAUGCUUUUUGACAUGUAUAUGCCUUAUCUUUCACAUAUAUGUGUUUCACAUCAUACAUACAUACAUACAUACAUACAUACAUACAUACAUACAUAUAUGUCUUUACCCGGUAUGCCUUUGAAAUUUUUGUUUUCGACAUCAAUAUCUUUGGAAUAUGUCUUUGAUAGAUAUAUCUUUCAUUCUUCGCAUGUAGAGCUUUCCAGUGUAUAUCAUUUACUUAAAGACUGUAGGAAACACGUGCCAAUAUUCUUGGGCAUGUUGAAGUAAAGAUAGAAGAAACUACGGCUCUGACUAUAUCCCUCGCCCAAUUGCUUGCGACAGAAUUGACUCCACUAAAGAUACCUUACCCUAUAACCAGCUGGUGGUGUUAAUCUGGACGACUUAUGAAGUCUCCCAUCCAAUUAUAAUUACAGGUUAUCCAAAUUUUAUUCAGGAUACUGUUCAACAUAAAGUUACAAUAGAAGAUGCUGAAUGUGUAAUAUAAGUCGAUUGAAGUGGAAACCACGUGAUCGUGAAGCAAACUUUUUAACCACAUACUGUUAUAUCUGCAUAUUAUUUUCCUUGGCAUCAAUAAAUUUCCUAUCUAAACCAUUGGCCUCUAGGUAUUUGUCAUUUGGGGAUCGGCAGCUAGAUUUUUGAUCUAGUCAUCUUUGACUUAUCAGAACUCUUUCUAUGUAGCUAUAACUCCGACAGUCAAAUGUUAUAUACUUUGACUUACGGCAGUCAAUGUUAAGAAUGUUUUAAAGAUAUAGUUCUUCAACAUUCAUAACAUUCAUGUCUCUGGCAUUAUUAUAUUUCCGACCGUUGACACUUUAACAACUCAGAAAUCUUCAAGCCCUUAAAUAUCGCUGACACAUGUCGUUCCCUUUUAAAUAUACAUCCUAUUUGAUACAUCAACCAACUUCAGCGUCAUGGCAAAUGUGUAUGUGUACGAGGACGAUCAAAGAUCGUUUCUGCUUUAUGAUAUAUUGUAAAUGAAACAUUCCUUGAUCGAACAGCCUCGAGCGUUGCUAAUGCUGUUAAGCAUAGUUCCCAGAUACUGGGAUAUCUGAGAACUAAUGCCAACCAAUAUUAGUUAUUAAUCGACUCUGGUCGAUUAGUAGAUUCGGUAGAGAACUGGACAAACUAUCAGGUGGCAUGAAGUAACUUCCUUUUACAUUCUAAGUUCAAUAAUCACUGAGGUCAAAUUUGCCUUUCAGCCUUUCAUUGUCGAUACAAUAAAUACCAGUGAAAAACUGAGAAUCAUUAUAAUCAGAUUUCCUCGCUCCCUCUCUUAAGCUUGGGCGUGUAGCCAUGUUAGAAUUAUGUAAUGGACAUUAUCGUUCGUUUUACCUCAUAUUACAACUACUUCAGUGCUAUUUGCCAUUUUUUCAUGCAUACCUUAUAUAUAUAUACAGACCCAAAGAUAUAGCCUAUGUGUAUAUGGAUGUGUGCAAAAGAGUGUAUACGUGUGCGCAUGUUUGUGUAUAUGCACGCGUGCUUGCUUGCGCAUGCAUGCGUGUGUUGUUCCCCUUUACACCUCUCUCCUUAGGGUGAUGCGUCUCUUUAUAACACAACCUUGAUAAGUUGAUAGGGAGAUCCGAGUUGUCAGUGGCUGGCGGAAAGAACCCCGGAAAUCUCUACCCAACAAUCAUGUCAAUGCGAUCCAGAAGAAUGCACAGCAAUACAAUUUGCCCUGGAUGAUCUUCAGGAUAGAAAGACCUAAAAGUGGGCAAGCAGUGUCUGUAAUGAAACACGAACUUGCAAUCCAGAAAUCACGACUCCAGUACCUCAUUCAUUCGGCCACUGUGCCUCACAACAUAUUCAUUUAUAUAUAUCCAUAUAUAUAUAUAUA